GAGCAGAACUGGAGCCAGCCCCGGACGUGAGUGUGCGAGCGCCCCGGCAAGUGUGUGACACCAGCGCCACUCUGGCUGGCUGCACGCGAGACAAAGACUCUGUGUGCGCGUGUGACACCAGCACUGCUCACGCUGGGUGUGCGAGAGAGCGAGGGCGUGCCGGUGUGUGAGAGGGAGGGGGUGCCUGUGAAUCUGGGGCAAUCCACCCCCAUACCAAGGCUCCAACCAAGACCCCCUGCCCCCAGGAGAAGAAUCUCUGAGCCACCCCCCACCCCCAUGGAAACACCUGGCCCCUGAUUUCCCAGCUGGGCGCCUGCACCCCAGGCCCUGUGAGGCCCCCCCCCCCUCCCGUGGAGCAUGGUGGUGGCUGGUCUCUACCACUGAUCCUGGAGCCGCCUGGAGGGGGCACCCUCGAGGGCCUGUCCCCCACCCCACAUGGCUUUGGCAGCGUCCAGCAUGGGAGACCUGGGCGCCUGCCCCCGUCUAGCGCAGACUCCCCGGAACUGGUACUGACCCCCAGCCCCUCACCGGGCCGACGCCCUGCAUCUGGUUCUGCCAGGACCAGCCACCCCACUUGCACCCCGAGCCAGCAGGAGACGGAGGCUGCUGAGCAGAUGGUGUGGCACCAUGUCAGGUGACUACGAGGAGGACGUGUGUCGCAGUGCACUCACCCUGCUCAAAGACCUCUGCUUCUCCCUGCGGGCGCUGGAGCAACACGAGAAAUGCCUGGAGUUCACCGACCUGCUGCGGAACCGGGGGCAUCCCCCGCCCACCGACUCGGACAUCUCCGUCAGCCUGCUCUCCGUCAUCGUCACCUUCUGCGGCAUUGUGCUGCUCGGCGUCUCGCUCUUCGUCUCUUGGAAGCUCUGCUGGAUCCCCUGGCGGGACAAGGGGGCCUCUCCGGCGCCGCGCAAGGACCAUGGCCUCCACGGCCACCUGCACCACUCACCCUACGGCGACCUGCUGGUGGAGCGGGUCGAGCUGGGCCCCGAGAUGCCCGAACGCUCCUACCUCGACAUGGACUCCUACCCCGAGGCCACCCUCAAGCUGAGCCAGACCUCGCCCGACCUGCCGGUGGAGGGGCAGGUCGGCCCCAAGGAGGGCGGCGGUAUGCCCAAUGCACACUCCCACCAGCAGGUGGCCACCCUGGCGCCCACCCCCAGGUACAACACCCUGCCGCGCCCCUUGACCCAGCAGCUCUCCAGCCCGGAGGUGGUCGGCCACGGUGGGGAGGACAAGCCGGAGCAGGCCACCAGCAUCGGUCAGAUCAAGCCGGAGCUGUACAAGCAGCGGGCGGGCGAGGCGGAGCACCGUAAGGCGGAGGGUCCUCCCUGCGGGCGCAUCUGCUUCGCCCUGCGCUACGCCUACGCCUCCGAGCAGCUGGUGGUGAAGAUCCUGCGGGCGCUGGACCUGCCGGCCAAGGACGCCAACGGCUUCUCCGACCCCUACGUCAAGAUGUACUUGCUGCCCGACCGCAAGAAGAAAUUCCAGACCAAGGUGCACCGCAAGACGCUCAACCCCGUCUUCAACGAGACCUUCAACUUCAACGUCCCCUUCGCCGAGCUGCCGGGACGCAAGCUGCACUUCAGUGUCUACGACUUCGACCGCUUCUCCCGCCACGACCUCAUCGGGCAGGUGGUGCUGGACAACUUGCUGGAGAUGGCGGAGCGGGAUGAGGAGGUGCCCAUCUGGAGGGAUAUCCUGGAGGGCAGCUCGGAGAAGGCCGACCUGGGGGAGGUGAAUUUCUCCCUCUGUUACCUGCCCACCGCCGGCCGCCUGACCGUGACCAUCAUCCGGGCCUCCAACCUCAAAGCCAUGGAUCUGACCGGCUUCUCAGACCCCUACGUCAAGGCCUCGCUCAUGUGCGAGGGGCGGCGGCUGAAGAAACGCAAGACGUCCAUCAAGAAGAACACCCUGAACCCCAGCUACAACGAGGCCCUCGUCUUCGACAUCCCGCACGAGAGCGCCGAGCACGUCAGCCUCACCAUCACCGUCAUGGACUAUGACUGCAUCGGGCACAACGAGGUGAUCGGGAUGUGCCGGGUGGGGAGCGACGCCGAGGGGCCGGGCCGGGAGCACUGGGCCGAGAUGUUGGCCAACCCCCGCAAACCCAUCGAGCACUGGCACCAGUUGGUGGAGGAGAAAACCCUCAACAGCUACAUCUCCAAGAGCACCCAGCGCGACAAGCCCAGCAUUGUAGUGCAGAGUGUCCCAUCGGACUAGCCACCCCCAGACCCCCAGGGGCCGAUCGUGGCUGGUCUCUCUGGCUCUGCUCUCUUCUCCGUGUCCAGGGGGAGGCGCUGUCAGGAGCUGCGUGUUUGGGGGGGGCUGUGGCGGGGGGGGUCAUCUUUUCUCUAAGCCAUAGGAGAAGCCAGGACUGAGCUGUCUCCCAACGCCCCUCCCUCCCUGGAGCUGGUUUGCAGGGGAGGGCACAGGCUGGCCCCCCUCUACUCAGUGACCUGCAUGUUGUGGGAUGGGGGGGCUGCACCCCCUGCCCCUCCUGGGGGGCCCUGUCGCCUGGCUUUAGCCGCACCCACGCACUGUGAACCCAGGUGUCCGGGGAGCUGCCUCUCAUCCUGAAGAGGAAGGGCCUGUUGCCUCGUUCCCCCCCCCGCGCUCAACCGACCGUCAGCUCCUGCUGCCCCCCCCCAGUGCUGAGAGGAGACCCCUGCACUGUGUGGUGGCUGCGUCACCCCCCAAAGACUGACUCAUCUGGGGGGGGCAGGACUGUCUGCAGUGACCCCCAAAGCACCUGGCUUCCCGACUGAAAUGGGGGUCAGUCCCCCCCCCCCGGGACUUCAUGCUUGCUCUGGACUUGGGGGGGCAGGAAUGUGUCUCUCCCCCACAACUUGUUUCUCGGUGGUUUGCAUGAACAUGUCUGCCCUCUAUUCCCCGCUGGCCGUGGUGGGUGGGUGUGGAGGGGGAGGAGAACCCAGGCAUCUGGAUUGCCCCCCCCCCCGAGAGUGUAGGGACGGUGGUGUGGGGGAAUCCGUCUCGGAGAACCCAGGCAUCUGGAUUGCCCCCCCCCCCCCGAGAGUGUAGGGACGGUGGUGUGGGGGAAUCCGUCUCGGAGAACCCAGGCAUCUGGAUGCCCCCCCCCCCGAGAGUGUAGGGACGGUGGUGUGGGGGAAUCCGUCUCGGAGAACCCAGGCAUCUGGAUGCCCCCCCCCCCCCCCCGAGAGUGUAGGGAUGGUGGUGUGGGGAAUCCGUCUCGGAGAACCCAGGCAUCUGGGUGCCCCCCCCCCGAGAGUGUAGGGACGGUGGUGUGGGGGAAUCCGUCUCGGAGAACCCAGGCAUCUGGAUGCCCCCCCCCCCCCGAGAGUGUAGGGAUGGUGGUGUGGGGAAUCCGUCUCGGAGAACCCAGGCAUCUGGAUGCCCCCCCCCCCCCGAGAGUGUAGGGACGGUGGUGUGGGGAAUCCGUCUCGGAGAACCCAGACACCCAGUCCAGGUCUGUCCCCCUCCCCCUGCAUGUCUGUACCUUUGUCCGUCUGUGUUUCUCUGUCCAUCCGUCCCCCGAUGACCCGGCCUGUGUGCGUGUGGGAAAACAAACAGAAAACCCAACCCCCCCACCCCCCCGGCCCACCUGACCAAGUGGAAACCGCCCUGGAAAAGCCAUAGACCCCCCCAGCUCCCCAGCCCUAGGCCAGGGCACCCAGCGUCCCAGGCGGGGGGCGGGCAGGGCUCUGUCCAUAACAUUCUGCAAUAGCCUCCCAGGAACUCAGAGCUGCUGCUAAUGUGACCUUAACAAUAAACCUGGUGAGAGGUGA